UUAUUGUGAAAUUCUAACAAAAGGUUCACUUGAUCGUGCACAUCUUAACGGAAAGAACAUCACUGACGAUCGCGGACAACACACGUGAAACACUCGUGCAGGAAUUGUCAAGAGGGCCGGAUCAGGAAGAAACGAUCAAAAAGUUCACUUGCCUUCAAACAGUUUUCAUAUGUCACAUCGUCCGGGUUUAACGCACCAACAGCAUCGUAAACCUUCUUCGAUUUCUCGAUCAGCUCAUCAGUUCGUUUCAGGAUCUCUUCUGAGGAUAAAUUCCACUGGAGAUUCACCCCUUUAACAGUGAUCGCCAUAAUUUUUAUGGUCUCCAAGGUAGACCACAAUGCCUCGGUUUCUUGUUGGACGCCGAAGGAAAGCGGUGGACCACGUGAUUCCGUACCCAAACAUGGCGGCGAAAGAGCGUAGAGAUCAAACUAUUAACGCGAAAUUAUGUAUCGGAAAUUAUUUACUUGGAACAACUUUAGGUGUUGGAACGUUUGGGAAAGUGAAACUGGCAGUUCAUCAGCUGACAGGCCACAAAGUAGCUGUGAAAAUCCUGAACAGACAGAAGAUCAAGAAUCUUGAUGUGGUUGGCAAAAUAAGAAGGGAGAUUCAAAACUUAAAACUCUUUAGACAUCCUCAUAUCAUUAAACUAUAUCAAGUUAUCAGUACUCCAUCUGAUAUAUUUAUGGUAAUGGAAUAUGUGUCUGGAGGAGAACUGUUUGACUACAUCCUUAAACAUGGAAAGCUUCAAGAAAAGGAGGCUCGCAGAUUUUUCCAACAAAUUAUCUCAGGAGUGGAUUACUGCCAUAGACACAUGGUAGUCCAUAGGGACCUUAAACCUGAGAAUCUCCUUCUGGAUGCCCAAGCAAAUGUAAAAAUAGCAGACUUUGGAUUAUCCAACAUGAUGACGGAUGGUGAAUUCCUGCGAACAAGUUGUGGAUCACCAAAUUAUGCAGCCCCUGAAGUUAUAUCUGGAAAACUUUAUGCAGGUCCAGAGGUAGAUAUAUGGAGUUGUGGGGUGAUUCUUUAUGCCCUUUUAUGUGGAAGUCUUCCCUUUGAUGAUGAACACAUACCAACCCUAUUCAAGAAAAUAAAAGGAGGUGUAUUUUAUAUACCAUCACAUCUGUCAUCAGAGACAAGCAGUCUGGUAUCAUCAAUGUUACGCGUUGAUCCCAUGAAGAGAGCAACAAUGCAGCAAAUAAAGAAUCAUGACUGGUUCAAGAAGGAUCUACCAGUUUAUCUCUUCCCAUCAUCUUGCUUAGAAAGUGAUAUGGUAGACCAGGAGUGCUUAGCAUUAGUGUGUGAGAAACUAAACUGCAGUGAAAGUGAUGUGCGAUGGGCAGUAAAAAAUGGAGAUCCUCAUGACCAACUGAAGAUUGCUUAUCAUCUGAUACUUGACAACAAGAGAAUGAAAAUGUUGGCAGCUCAGGGAGAAAGUAAUGUGAAGGACUUCUACUCUUCUGUUUCACCUCCUAUCUCCUCCUUUCUUAUUAAAGAACCAGCAUCACCUGUGCAAAAGGCCGUGUCUUCAAAUGAAAGUUUUCCAAAUACAGCCAUGACUAAAGCAAGAUCCAAUUCUAACCCAACAACACCCUCCAAAAAAAUCCCAUACCUGAGGCUAGCACUUGGAAAGCGACCUAAAUGGCAUUUGGGCAUUCGAUCACAGAGCAAGCCAAAUGAUAUUAUGGGUGAAGUUUACCGCGCAAUGAUGUCUUUAGGUUAUGAAUGGAAAAUCAUAAACCCCUUUAAUUUGAGAGUGCUUAGAAGAAACAGGAUAACUGGAAAAUUUACCAAGAUCGCCGUUCAGUUGUAUCAGGUCGAUCAUAAAAGUUACCUCCUGGACUUCAAAAGCCUUCCCACCCCGGAAAUCCCUCCAGAACACACGGAAGGAACUCUAUCGGGAAAGUCAUCCAGAAAAUCGUCUGCAAACUCGUCGUUCAACAGUCUGAAAGACUCUGAUAGUUUCACGAGCCCAACUGGCUCACAUCACACGAUGGAAUUCAUGGAAAUGUGUGCAAGUCUCAUCAUCGCUUUGGCCUGCUAACGAAGUUACAAAUUGUUGAAAGGUGGAGCAUUGUGGGUAAAGUGAUGAGGUGAUCGCAAAGUUUCGGAACU